AUGGCUGCUCAAUGCUGCCGAGAAGAGACGGAUCGCCCACUCAUUUACUCUGAUGAGGAAGACGCCGUUGUUCAGACCAUGCCGAUCAUUCGUCACCACCAAAUUGAUCUUUUCAUCUGGGGGCAAGAAGGCUUGCAACGGAACAUUAGGAUUCAUCAAGAUGGUGUCGCGAUCAUGCCAGAAAAGCCACUCCAGUCGUUCCGCAGCUGGCUUGGCAAGUUCGGCUCCAAGAAUCGCGAGCAGGAAGGCAUGUUUGGACCAAAGACCAGGCAGCAUGCGCUCGCGAAGUAUGAACUCGGGGUACCCGUGGAGGUCAUUGUGAACCUGGUGAGAAGCGAUGGCGGCUUCGUAGACGGGAUCUUCCGGCCCGAAUGA